UUCAUGGCCGACUGGUGUCCGGAAACCUCACCGGAACUGGAGGCGAUGGCUCGGGCAGAGGAGAGCAAGAACAUUGACAGGGAUUUUUUAAAAGCUCCUGUCAUCUGGACGAUCCCUUCAGAACCUGAGGGGACCAGGCCAGGGUCCCGUGUUGUCUUUGAAAGGAGGACAUAGUCAGCAAAUCAUGAAGACAACGUCUGAUACAGGAACUGAUAUUGUUUAUGGAUUCUUUUUUUAACUCAAUUGUCAAUGUGAGAAAUGAGUGGUUACUGUUUUAAAGUGUGUUGUAAGGAUGCCUCUGUUCUUUUCAUGCAGCGGAGUAAGGCUUCAGUGGUGUAAUGAGGACACCUAGCAUCUGUUAAAGCAACUGCAGCUAAUAUUGCAAAUUUCAAUACUGCCCUUGUAUGUGUUUUCACUGCCAUCUUCUGGCAAAAGAAGAUGUCAGUCAAGUAAUGACUGGAUUUCUUGAAGCAGAAGAACAAAGUGUUAGACCACCUUUCUCUCUGCUGUCCACCCGGACCAGGUCGAGCUGCUAAUUAGGAGUAACCCAGUUCCUAGAUUCAUCUUCAAAAUUGAGAGUACUAAGAAACUCACUUCUCAUGAGCCAGGAAGUGUAAAUGUUAGAGAAUAAUUUGUCCUCUUAAUAAAUGCAUUUAUUUAUUUAUUCAUUUAUACUAGUAUGGGUUGCUUUUAAAGGGCCAUAUAAUAGUUAUAUAGGCUAAUACUACUGUAUUAAAAAUGCAACAUCCUAAACAAUCAAUCAAAGCCCAAAAGUCUACUAAACAGCCUGUGCCCUUGCACAGAUACAGCACAACCAGAUAGGAAAUCAAUCCUAACUUCAUAACCUAUACCAUCCCAGAACGUAUGAAGACAUAUUUCAUCCUCCCUGUGUGUAUACUAUAGCUCACAGCAGAAAACUACUGUAUGUUUCCUAUGCAAAACAAUCUCAGCAGUCUUGUGAUCCAUCUUCCUCAUUCAUGCCUUUCUCAGAUAAUCUCAACUCUGCAAGUCUCAGAGCUGCAACCAAGUGCAGUCUAGUGAGAAAUUACAUGUAAAAAAUAAUAACCAUUUAGUCAACCAUUUUGUAUGUGUUAAUAUGAUUUAUGAGAAUUGAAAGUGAAAGAGAAAACAGUACUCUGAUGAGUUGUUAAAGUGGGAUCAUAAUAGAUCCAACUAAAAAGUGUAACAAUGAGCCAUGACAAGUCUGUAGAGAUGAGCAUCUUUAGCCUGUCUAUUGUCAUGAGGGUUAAAGUGUUGGGAACCUUUUCUCUGUUGCUAACCCCACUGACCUACAUUUCAAUUGUUUUUUCUUCCUAAAACAAUGGGGCAAAUGUUUUUAUAAACAAACACAAUGCAUGGUGUUAUUUAACACAACUGCUGUUCAGGUUUAACACAAAAUGACAAGGGAAAUUGAAUACAACUGGGGAUUAUGGCAGAAGCAGCACAUCCUUGUGUCUAUUGGAGCUGAACUUCAGCAUCUGACACACACGUCUCAAAUGCAUCACGAUAAAUGCUUUGUUAAGUUUUGAUAAUUGACCGAAGUGUCAGUUUAACAUUGUACCAAAUGACCACUGGUAACACUAGAGUAAAAGACAAAAGUAAGGUAAAAGCUUUCUUAUUAUCAAAGCAGAGACACAGCAUUCCGGCAUCACAGAGACUGGGUGGAAGGGAUGAGAGAAAGGAUAAAAGAGUGCCGGCUGAUUGCCCCACAGCAGUUUGCCCCAUUUUGCCCCGCCUGAGUCUGUUUUGCAUACUCCCAUUUAUUGUGACGCACAAGUGGACGGAGGCCUCCAGGGCCCCGUGUACAUGGAAAAUAUUAAACAAUAAUAACUGUCUGAAAGCAGUGAUUCUGAAACCCAUGUCUGACCCAUUUCUGGAUCUGUUCUUUUGUUUGUUUGUUUGUUUGUUUGUACUCUUUCUUUAGAUUUGGCUGCAAAAGGCUUUUUUGCCGAAACAUAAACAUAGUCACACUUUCCAACACUUACAGUUUUGUUCUGUGCUCUCUGAUCAUGGUCUUAUGGAGUUGGUUCAUGUUCUUUCAUCAUUCAGCCAGAUAGUUGGUCAUCGAUCAUCACUGUACAUUAGAAGACAUUUGAAUUAUACACAGCACCAAGAAAAGACAGUUAACGUGUCACAGACAUCAGGUUAUUUUGUCAUGCAGAGGUGUCAUGAGCAUGGCCCGGUCUAACCACACCUAGGAACAGGUCCUGGCUGGUUUGGACAUUUCAGGAAUAAUGCAUAAGCGGACAAAAGUAAUAAACUCAACACUUUAAAUGUAGUCUACAAAUCAAAAGCAUUUUGAUGUCAUCAAAGUAAAGUUCAGCAGAGAAAGACAAAAGUAAUGUGAACUGACAAUAUUUUAAUGGAGGGGAUGAAAGACGGUAAAUGAUCAAUGCGGCGGCCGCCAAGCGAUGCCCAGGGGACCACUUUGAUGUGGGCAUCCUCAGAGGGACGCCGUGGACAAUGCUCUCUUUGAGGACCAGGCAGAAUGGCAGACACUGCAGUGUCCCACACUCUCACACUUUGUCACUCAACCUCCUCUCAUGUCCUGCGUGCAUCACUCACUCAACCAUGCUGACAUUUCUCUUGCUGUACAUUCCUCUCCUCCUGUCUCAGAUCUUUAUCUACAUUACUUUCCCUCUUUCUGUUUUAGUUCAUUCAUUUACCAACCCCUUCCUCGCUGCUCAGCCAAUAACUCUUGUUCCUCCUCCCAGUCUGUAUCCCUCUCUCCCCCCUCCUUUCACAGAACCCAACCUUUUUGUAAAGUCCAGCCUUGGCAAGUUGUGCCCUAUUUGCAGUCACAGUUUUAAUGAAUACAUCUGUUUGUGUAUUGGCCAUGGCAACAUUUCUCCCUCCUCCUCCUCCUCCUCCUUUUCCUCCCUCCCUAUCUCUCCCUAUCCUAUCUCCAUCCCCUCCCACUUACUAGUGUCCUCUCAUGGGCUCUAUAUAUACCAGUCACACUUCAAGUACUUGUUGCGCUGAGUAACCUUACAGACAGAUGCCCUGAACCACAGUGUGGGAGAGAGUCCAGAGAGUCAGGAAGAGGGAGAGACCGGACCUGAACCUAGUUUCUUCUUCUUUAGCAUCUCUGCAUCCUUUUCCGCUGCUUCCAACUUUGCAUCUCUUUGGCUGUGGGUCUGCUUGUUGUCAUUGUUGAGUGGCGCUGCUUCUGAUGCUGUGACACCAUGCUGCCGCUCUUAUCAGUGCUGUUUCUGAGGUGGGACCUGUUGCUGGCGGCACCAGCAAUUAGAGAGAUCUACAGAAUGCCCCAAAGUGGUCUCAAAGGUAUUUCUUAACCUUGUAUUGUCCUUCAGUUUGUUUGAACACAAUUUAGAUCUAAUUCGUUUCACUGUAUCCCCUUCACUGUGUCUGCUUUUCUCUUCAUUGUUGCAUCUGUUCAACCUGUGACCUGUCCAGUGUUGUAGAGACACAUCUGGCUCUUGCAGACAUCUGACCUUCUUUGGUUGUAAAGCUCCAGGUGCCUGUUCAGGGCAGAGCCUCUUCAAAAACAGCAUGUUUAGGCUGUAGACACAGUAAACAUUCAAAACAAGAGAGCUGAGGUCUUCACCAUUGCUAUUCCGUGCCCCCCGAGGCUGUGCUUGCGUCACCAGCCUGAGCCCGCUCAGCCCGGGUUCUUCCAAUUAGGGCUUCAUCAGCAUUGUUUUUGUGAGCAGCCUAUCCAGUGAAGUGAUGCUGCAUGGAGGGGGGUUUGCACGGUCAGCGGCCCAACUGAUGUUUGUUUGUAGAAGCCGCACAAAAUUGCUGAGCGUGAGCAAGUUUUCCACGCUUUAAACCCAUCAUUUCUUCAAAAGGACUGUGGCAUCAGUCAAUAUCAGUGCUUUGAUCAACUCAAACUCUUCCCAAUCUGAUGCUUUUCGCAGGGGAUAGAACUCUUUUAGUGUUCAGCUUUUGAUUUUCUCAUUUGCUCACUCAUGUUACAUUGUAGACUUUCUAUUUCCGAUUCAACAUCAUCCGUAGCACUUUGCAAAAAUAAGCUAUAGCCAUAAGGAGGCUUUUCCGCAAAAGCUUCUGCAUGACAAUUGAAAAUUAAUGGAAAGCAUUUCAAGUGGCAGCAAAUCAAACAGUCAAACUCUGCUUCUUUCUAACUGCUGCAUACAUCCACUGGGUUACUUCCACAGAAGGUACAUACAGAAGUAUCCCUCCAUGAUGACAUGGAGCCUGCCUCAGUUCUGGCCCCGGUUUCAUUUGAAUUAUUUGUGCACAGCUGUUGACAGUUUCUUGAUGUUUCUCUUUCAGUACUUUCUGAUCGUGGCACAGUGGUUCUAGAGGCAGCUAUGACCAAUGCUCUGUCUGCACUUGAUCACGCCUCAUCUGAUAGAAGUCGGGCUGAGGCCGGCUGCCAGGGAUGUGUUCCCUGUCUGUUUCAAGACUGUGGACAACUGUCUGGAUCCUGCUGUAAGCACAACAUAACUCCUGUACUGUAAAGCCACGAGCAGGAUGUUCCUCGGUAAUAACUUUUUUUUCUGUGAUUGCAGCAUCUCCUGCCAGUGCCUUAUCAGAGCCCAGCUGUGACAUCAUCUUCACAGCCCAAAGGUUAGCACAUGAGGCAGAACGGAGUUGGGCUCUAAGUCAGGCCUGUGCAUAUUACCAGCAUCGCUGCCCAGCAGGUGACCUGGAGAAAGAGAGCUGCAUCCGGAUCAUGGGGGAGAGCUGCAGCGCCCGCGUCCUACAGUGCAGCUUGCUCAACACGAUGCAGAACCUGGAACCAGACACUGAGCCCCAUGCACAGGCAGGACUGUGUGGUCAGAGGUCGUCCACGGUGUCAAACUUCACCCGGCCUCGUUCCAGGAUUGUGGGCGGUUCCCCUGCUUCUCCAGGCAGCUGGCCCUGGUUGGUCAACCUGCAGCUGGACGGUGGCCUGAUGUGUGGGGGGGUGUUGGUGGACAGCUCAUGGGUGGUGACAGCAGCACAUUGUUUCGCUGGGGGUCGCCCUGAGAGCUACUGGACGGCAGUGGUGGGGGAAUUUGACAUCACCAAGACGGACCCUGAUGAACAAGUUGUCAAAGUGAACCGCAUUAUCCCUCAUUCUAAGUUUAACCCAAAGACUUUUAACAAUGAUAUAGCUCUGGUAGAACUGGCAUCACCGGUGGUUUUGUCUGAACACGUCACUCCAGUGUGUUUACCCUCUGGUACAGAGCCCCCUAAUGGCAGCCCAUGUCUGGUGGCCGGCUGGGGCUCCCUCUAUGAGGAUGGACCGUCUGCUGAUGUAGUGAUGGAAGCUAAGGUUCCACUGCUUCCUCAGAGCACCUGUAGGGGCGCCCUUGGCAAAGAGCUGGUCACCAACACUAUGCUGUGUGCUGGCUACCUUUCUGGGGGUGUUGACUCCUGUCAGGGAGAUUCUGGAGGUCCUCUUAUUUACCAGGACCGGAUCUCAGGUCGGUUUCAACUCCGCGGCAUCACUUCCUGGGGAGAUGGCUGUGGAGAAAAGGGCAAACCUGGUGUUUACACACGGGUUUCCACCUACACUGACUGGAUUAGGGCUGAAAUACAACGGGCGUCUGGGAGCCGAGAGCCAACAUGUCCAGAGCUUUUAAGAACAACGGAAAUGACUGAAGAGAAACAAAGAGCAGAAUUCAAAUCUCUGUGUCACUUCUACACCUUGACCUGCCCCCACGGCCAAUCUGACCGUUCUUGCAGCCGUAUGGCAGAGGACAAAUGUCUCACACGCUUCAAGAAAUGUCAAAUGCGUUUCUUCUUGCAGAGCCUUUUGGACCUUCUCCAGAGGGCAGAAGACUACAUCAGGGACAGGGUGGACUUGACCUUCUUCAGCCAAACUCUGCCUCAGCUGGUGGAACACAUCUACAGCUCAGCUUUCACACAUAGCAGACACAAGAGAGACCUGGAUCUGAGACAGUCUCUUACACAGAUUACAGGUGGUGCUGUGGUGACUACAGAGCAGGGUCCCUCUCCAGUCCCUCCUACAUUAUUUGAAGCUGUGGGGCCUUCAGUAGACGACUGGGAGAAAUAUUUGAGGAACAUGUCCGAGGGCUUGGAUGAAGAAGAACAGCCUGAAACCAGUGCAAACAUUUUCUUACAGACAGAAGACUCCUCCAUACAUCAGCUGGAGGAACAGUAUCAAGCCGUUAUUUCAGAACUGCGCUACAAGUUAAACUCCAGAGCUGCUCCUCCUAUUCUGCGUCUGGACACCGCCUCCCACCAUGAGGAUUCUCCUGACACUGUGCCGUUUCCCACUUCUUACUCUGAAUAUUUGGACUACAGAGACUCACUGUCGUCAACUGGAGAACCACAGGAGCCCUGGUCUCUUUUGAAAACUUUAAAGAAUGUAGUUAAAACAUUACCAACGCAGAAUGCGUUCAUGGCAGAAGACGUGACUCCAACUGAGGCCCAACUGAACGAAGACACUCUGUCAGAUCUGAAAUGGAAUACAGAGUCUGAGAGUUUUACUUUUCAGGAGACUGUAGACGAAACAGAAUUCAAAUCUUCCCCACAGUCAACAACUGUUGCCCAGACAGAGGGUGACAGCAGAGAAAUGACCUCUGACCCUGGACAGACUGUGGAUGCUGUAAAGCCUAAAGAACAUCAGAGGAACUACAGGAGUCUUAUUCACAAGAGACAGACAUCAGGACCAAGUGGGGAGAUUUGUCCCGGAGUGAGAGAAGCCUUACAGCAAGUUACUAAGAUCACAGAGUCGUACAACUGGAUCCUGAACGUCUCGAACAAAAAUCUGCGCAUGACUUUUCAUGAGGUGUUAGUGGAUCUCAACACUAAAAACGAUCGAGGACUCUUCCAGGCACGGGUCAGAGCACUGGUGGGAGGACAACAUUUGACCUUCUACACUCUUGUCGGUUUGGAGAAUGAGUCGUUUUACCGCAGCGCACCGAGGAUUAUUGCUAUGGCAUUGGAGGCAUUCAAGAAAAUAUAAGAAACUCAAUUUGAAAUAUUGGGUCAAACACGGGAGAACUAUGUUAAAAUGGUUCAGAACUGCCCUGGUUUUGGAAACAGAAACAGAAAAUCAAAUCAUCACAGACUUUUCUAUAACAAAGAUCAUCUUCCUGUGUGUCCUGAAUGUCGAGACCGAGGCACGAACAGCCAAUCACAGCACAGAUUUUUAUGGGUUUAGAAACACAGCCUUAUGUAAAUUAUGACUGUAUAUUAAUAAGUUAUUGUGACUUGUUCAAAGUAUUCAAGGGUGACCCUGAUCAGAUGAACCCAGACUGUGAAUAUUAUAUGUAUGUGGUAAAUUUAUUACUAUUAUAUUUAUUUGUAUAAAAUUGUCAUCAUAUUUUUGUAAAGAGGAUUUUGUAAAUCUUUAAUAAAAAAAUAAAUCAUUAUGUUAUGAAGCUCAUAAAUUAUAAUUUAGAUAUAUUUGAAGUUUUUGAGUAGUCGUUCAAAUUAAUUUAAAUUUUUUUUUUCUAUUUCAAAAACCUAAUUGACUCAGAAGAGAAACUAGAACCUGACUCUAAAUAAGAGUCAGCACUGUGAGAAAAAUCCCAGGAUUAGAUUAAAAUUGAAAUGAGAAAAAGAUCAAACAUUUCUCACUUGUUCUAAUUAAUCUUUGGUAUGACCCCAAAGUGACCUCAGUCCUUUGACCUUUUAAGGCUAAUCUUUCUGGUAAACACAGGGAGCCACUGGUCACCGUCACAGCUGCUGUGCCGCAGCGACCAAUGCCUCCUGGUUUCUCUCCUUAAUUCCAGGACGGUUAUAAUUGGACUCAUCUAGACUGACGUUUAGAGACACGUAAUGUCUGACGUGUGUUGAUGCCAUUGCUGAUUGGCUGAAAAGAAACCAUACAAACUCAAAUGACAUCACGAUUAAAAUCUUCCCACUAAUCCCUAUUCGUAGUUAGUGUUUGAGCAGCUCAAGUCCUAAGUGUUGGAUACAGAAGGAUGACUGUAACAGCUGAGUAAACACACUC